UUGGCCAUGUAUUAUAUUUUAUUGCAUUUUUACUGAUGAAAAGAACAUUGCAUUUCUUGUUGAAAGACCAUUUCCUCAUAUAUUUUCCCAAAUAUGCAGCUUCUAGCCGGAAUUAAAGAGUCACUAAUUGAUUUGAUGGCAAUUAGAUAUCCAACUCUUUCUGCAAAGAGGCGGAUUUUGGAAUCAAGACCAACAGAGAUGUCAUUAAUGAUAAAACAGAUACAACCUCUUGUGUGCUGCAGGCUUAUCUCAGAACAGGGGUCGUUUUUCCUUGUUUGUCAUAGUCACUUAUAUAAGUUUUUAUACAAAUAAAUUGAGGCUGACUUUAUCAAAAGCUUUAAAAAUAUCCAUACACUAUGAUUAAAAUGUCUGUUUGAGUUUGAAUUUGAAUUUUUUUAUGUAUUUUUUUUUUUACAUUAUCUAAGAAUUAAUUAGGAAUUUGCAUUUCACAGGACUUAAGUAAGAUCUACAGAAGCCAUUUUGUAACUUAGUGUAAUGGAUAUAGAAUGUUGUGUGUGUCGAUCAGCCUGUGUCAUGAUUGAAUUUACUAGAAAAUUGUUCAAGAAAUAUACAACAUAUACAGUUGAACUUCAGUAUCUCGAACAAUGAUAUUUCGAAUACCAUGGAUAUGUCGAAGUGAGUUGGAAGUCCCAACAACAUUAUCUUGAACCCAAUAUCUCAAAGAUUUUCUAGGUCACAUCAAGUUCAAGAUAACGAGGCCCAGCUGUACAUGUUAGAGAGUUGGGCCUGCAGUUUUUGGGGGUAUAUGCUAUGACCCUGUUUUGUAUAUUGGGGUAACAUGCAAUGCACCAAUCAGUGGGGAUGUCACCCAGUGUCAUAAUUAUGAAUAUAUUUUAUUUUUUAACCAGAAACACAUAUUACUAGAGAUAUAACAUAUAGGCAAUAUUUAUUUGAUUUCCAUUUGUGAUAUUUAUUUGAUUUCCAUUUGACAGUGUGAUAUUUAUUUGAUUUCCAUUUGUGUUAUUUAUCUUAUUUCCAUUUGUGAUAUAAUUUAUUUUAUUUCCAUUUGUGUUUUGAAAGGAAUUAGCCAUUAUGACCAUAUGUUAUUCCCCUUUAACAGGAAGUUUUCUCUUUCGAAUGCCCAGUACUUCUUUCUAUGCAUGCUCAGUUUUUCUGUAAAACCUCAACAUAAUUAAUCAGUCUGAGGACUGACUAUUAAUGUACAAUUUUUGACAUGUAGGGGGAGUGCUACUUUAUACCAGCCCCCAGUGAAUAUGUUAGUGAAUAACAUUUAAUGGUUCAGUGAUUUGUUUAACAUUUGGUUUUUGAUAAGACAUGCAUACACAAUAUUUUACCCACAUACUGACAAUGUGAUUACUGUGUAUAUUUGUAGGCAUUGUGCUGAAUAAUCAAGACAACCAGUUCUCCAACAUGCCUAAAAAAGGACAAUCCCAUAAAAUGCCUGCAAGGCAAUCGUCAUUUCAAAUUGAUGCAAUGACAAAACCAUUCGUAAUUAAAAGUGCUGUGCUUCAGAAAGGAAAAGCCAAUCCAUUUGCUGUCAAAACAACAAACUUGAAAGAUACAAGCAACAAAAAUGCUGCAGGAAAACAAGAGCAAGUCUGUGAUAAAGAAAUGGAGGCAAAAUUUAAUUUGAUGCUGAAAGGGAAAAUGGAUAAUCUGCCACAUCUGCCAAGAUCUGUUGUCAGAAUAUUCAUCAGUUCCACGUUCUCAGACAUGAGAGCGGAGAGAAAUAUUCUGUCCUACGAGGUUUUCCCAAAGCUGAAACAGUUUUGCUUGUCCAAGGAUCUAGAUUUUCAGGUGGUGGAUAUGAGGUGGGGUGUAACAGAGGAUUCCCAGAAUGACCACAGUGUGGAAAAAAUCUGUCUACAGGAAGUUGAGAACUGCCAACAGAUGUCGCUAGGACCCAACUUUGUGGCCAUCAUGGGAGACAGGUACGGUUUUCGUCCAAUACCUAUAGAAAUUUCCGAGGAGGUUUUUCAGUCUCUGAAGGAAUCAGCAGAGAGGAUUGUUAAGAAACCUCAUGCCAUCAAACUGAUGGAGACCUGGUACAAAUUGGAUGAGAAUUGCCAGCCUCCCAAGUACAUACUGCAGCCAAUCAGAUCUCAGUUUUCAUUCUUUGGGGACUAUUCUCCGGGAUGUGAUGAACCCAGGACCAAACAUACUCAGGAAUGGGAGAGCACGUUUGCAGAUUUGAGGGACAUUUUGAAAACAGCAGCUUUGUUUUCACAUGGCGCAAAGAAAUUAACAGACGACCAGCUCCGGGAACACUACUUAUCAGUGACAGAGAUAGAGAUUGAGAAGGGAAUUUUGAAGGCAGACUUUAAAAGCCAAAGUGCUAUGGUGUUCCACCGUGAAAUCCAAGGCUUCACAAACUUUGAGGACAGAAUGACAAAACGACAUAUUGACACCUCUACAGAGGAUGGAAAGGUUGUACCUGAUAAAGAAGUUAAAUACCUUCAAGGAAAAUUAGAGGAAAAGGUUAAACAAAAGAUUGAUGCUGAUUUUAUCCAUAAUUACACUGUACAAUGGCUGCCAAAUGGGAUAGACCCCAAAGCUUCUGAAGAUCAUAAAGCUUACCUCGACAACUUCUGUCAAGACUUCUACACCAAUCUCAAAAACAUGAUAGAAUCUGCAGACGACGACCGAGAUACCCGAGACAAAACAUUUGCAAAAAUAGGAUAUUACAGCGAUUACAACGAGAUACUUCAUCAUUUAAAUUUUUGUGAAAUCAAAUGCAGGACAUUCUGUGGACAGGAAAAUGUUUUGGACAGUGUUAAAAGGUACAUUCUGGACAGUUCAGUCAGGAAGCCAUUUGUCAUUUACGCUCCUUCGGGGAAUGGAAAGACCUCUGUGAUGGCGAUGAUCAUGCAAAAUUUGCCUGUCUGGUUGAAAGAGAAGCCACAUGUUAAAAUCAUCCGAUUUUUGGGGACUUCGGCUCUUUCACUGAACAUUUAUGAUGUGCUAUGCAGUGUGUGCGGACAGAUUGCUGAUGUUGCUGAGCAGAUCAUGGAACCAGUAGGUUACAGACAUAUGAAGAACCUUCAGGAAUACAUGCCCAGAUUCUUCAGAAGGAUAUCAAGUUUAUUGAAGAAGCCAAUAAUUAUUCUUCUUGAUUCACUGGAUCAGUUAUCUGCUGCACAUAAUGCUUAUGAACUGCAAUGGCUGCCAACUUCACUGCCACAAAAUAUCCGAAUUGUUGUGUCAACCCUUCCCAGGGAACAUGGCAUACUGGACAACCUGAGAGCGAUACUGCCAGACAAGAACUGUUAUGUGGAGAUUCCAAAUCUUCCCCGUGAAACUGGUGUCGCAAUUAUUAACAAAUAUCUGUCAAAGCACAACAGAAAGGUCACAGAAUACCAAGAGAAGGUUUUGAUCAACACCUUUGCAAAAUGCCCUGGACCUUUGUUCCUGAAACUGAUUCUGGAUGAAGCAAUUAAAUGGCGAUCUUAUACAUUGCCACAUCAGAUAGAACUGCAACAGACAGUUCAAGGGGCCAUCAACAAACUCUUUGACAAUUUGGAGAUUAAAUUUGGGAAGGUCAUUGCAAGUCAUGCUCUUGGUUACAUCACCAUAGCAAGAGAUGGUAUCUCUGAGAAUGAGUUGGAGGAUGUUUUAUCCUGCGAUGACGAAGCUUUGGAUGACGUGUAUCGUUAUCACAACCCACCUGUAGACGGAAUCAUAAGGAUCCCUCCUGUUUUAGCAGCAAGGAUAAGAUAUGACAUCAAAGACUACAUAGUGGAGAGAAUAUCUUCAGACAAGUAUACUAUGAACUGGUACCACAGACAGUUUUUUGAAACUGCAAAGAACAGAUAUGGUACGGGAACGCUCGGAGAGAAGCUUCACCACAAUAUGGCAGAGAUUUACAUGCAUGAAAAUGGAAUCAAAAAGGACAUCACACUGUCCAGAAGGAAGCUGAAAAUCCAAAAUGCCGACAGACAGAUUACUCCACAGCCAGUUACAUGGAAAAACAAACGUAUGUUGAGAUGUCUUCCAUACCACAUCAUUCAUGCAGGGGGUGCUCUGUCUGAGCAAAUAGCAAAGGAAUAUUGCUUCUGUCGAUUAAACUUUUUGAGCAGUAAAAUAGCAGCCUCUGGUGUAGAGUCUCUAGUAGAUGAGUUAUACGAGUACCUGGAAAAUCAAGAAGAUGAAGAAAUCAAGAAACUUAGAAACUUCUUCUCGUUGACUAAAGGGGAUUUGUCAAAGUCAAGUAGACUAGCUGCUAACAUUCUUGCUCAUGUUAAUGUUGAGUCUGAUGAACCAUAUCUUCGAAAGUUGAGCGAACAAGCUACCAGUUACCUAGAAAAUCUUGACUGUCCAGGACUGAUACCUGUGUAUCCUGGAUUGGCACCCAGGAAAGACAUUUCUUCAUCUCUUAUCCAUUCCUAUAAUGGGAUAGCUGAAAUAGUCAGCCAAAGUGGAGAUUCAGUUUUGGUCAAGACUUACAAGAAAGGAAAAGAAGAGGAAAAUGAAUUUCCACAUGAAAUCUUUCACACUGGGACCCAAGACUUACAACAAGUAAAUGUUCCAGAGAUUAAACAGGUAGAGCAUUAUCCACUUUUGGACAAAGCAGGAAAAUAUGUAAUUUACACAUCAGCAGAUUCCAUCUCUCUGCUUCACCUAGUCAGUGGAAACAGAAUCACCAAAUUGUUCAAAGAUAUCACUGAUGAUCCAUCCAAAAACCAGAUGGUAUCAAAGAAAAUGAGCACUGAUACCAGCCACGUAGUUGUUUUGUUAGAUGAUGGUGAUAUUCUGCUAAUAGACACUGACAGUCUAAUGCAGAUUGACAGAUGGACUUUGAAAGAUGAAGUGGAGGAUGUUAUGGGAAUUCUCUGCACAAAGAAUGACAACCUACAGGUACUUGUGGCAGUUAAUGGAGAAUCUGGCGGGAAAAAAACAAGUGAAGUCCAGCUGUACAAGCCAGGAGAUUUGGAACCAAAGUGUUUUCUCUUUCAUUUUCCACUGCUUAAAGAUCUCCAAGGACUAUCUAAGAAAGAGACAUUCUUUACUGCCAUUGCAGAGGAUGGAAACUCAUCAAAGAUUCUCACUCUUGACAUCAGUCGUGCAGAGGAAAUGGUACCAAUUGAUAUUGGAGAAUCCAUAAAGCAAGUAGCCUUCUCCAAAUCUAAGCCAUUUGCAUGCGUGUUGACCAACACAGGAAAAGUGACAGCUGUAGAUUUACAAAAAAGUGAGAUUUUGUUCCACAUGACAACUGACAAACCUGUCACAUAUUUUGGGAUCAGUGGAACAUACUCCAUUGUUAUGCUAGGAGACAGUGAUGGUAGUAUUACUCUAUGGAAUUUUAAGACGGGGAAAAACUGCGGUAAAUUCCCUGCCCACGCAGGGCCAAUACAACACAUGAAAGUAUUAGAUGAUUACUUGGUGUCCCAUGGUCAAAAUGAAAUGAAGGUAUGGUCUCUAACAGAACUCCUGGUUGACUUCAAAGAGACCUUGAAGAAAAACACAGCAUCAGCAUUCAGUGGACUUAUGGCUAUGAAGACAGUCAUCAGUUUUGAUCUGCAUCCAAAUGGAAUAGAACUUGUGACAGCCUCAAAAGACCAAAUGCUAAGAAUAUGGUUGUUGAAUGGAGCAAAGUUUUUGAAAGAGUUUGAUAUUGGUAUGGAAUCCAAGAAGACAGUUAUCUGUGCGAAUGAUAAGUGUUGUCUUUUGGACAACAAAGGGGAACUGAAAAUUAUAAAUUUGAACACAACUUAUGAUGUCAGUUUAGAUUUGCCAAGUCACGUGUCUGAUUUUGCCAUUGGAAAGGAUGGAAUCACUCUCUACACUAUUGGAAUGAAACAAAAAUCCCUGAUGGUGCAUAUAAUGGAUAUGAAACAGGAAACAACUAAGAAAUCUUUUCCUUUGAAGGGAUCAUUAAAAUUUGAGACCCUUGACCUGUGUAUGAGUGCUAGUGAACGAUAUCUGUGUAUUCGCUGUAAAAUUCUCCCUGCAGAAUACAAAGACAUCGAGGCAUCUUGGAAGAAAAAGGGCUCUUUUCUUACCCAGGUUCACCCCUAUAAGUUUCUGGCUGUGGAUCUGCAACAGGCAACCGGUGGAUUGGUGACAUGCAUGAGAGAGCUGAGCACCAUCCCACAUCUUGGAGAGGGGGUGUGUGCCAAAGCAGGAAACGUUAUGUAUAUAACCACCAGGAGAUGGGUCGUCUUCUGGGACAUUCCCACAGGUAAAUGUGAUCAGAGAGUAUGUAAGAACAAAGACAAGGGAAUGAUGUACAGACCUUGCUGGUUUGAAGAUAUGGAUGGUGUCAAGGGAACUAGCAAAGCUAUGGUUCAGAGCAAAGAUGGUCACCUGCUGGCUCUUGGUUCAGAAGAUGGUUAUUUAUUCAUCUACAAUGUAGAAUCUGGGUACCCUAUUGGACAAAAGGCACCAGCAACCAAACACUCGGCCUCCGUGAUCAAGGCUGCAUUUUCUCCCAACGUGAAGUGGGUGGCGUCAGCUUGUCAGAACAACACAAUCAAGCUCUGGGACACGUCCUCCGGAAAAGAAAUUUUCAGCACACGUGUGGACGCUGAGGUCCAGCAGAUGAAAUUUUCCCCCAAUUCCAAAUAUCUGAUCCUCCUGACAGGGACAGACUUCACGAGAGUACUAAUUUAUAGAAUGCACUCUGAAACAAACAAGGAAAUUUCCUAAGUUAGAGUUGUCUCUCUUUAGAUGACUAGCAUCCUCUGUAUGUAAAAUUGAAAAAUUUUAUAUACAUUAUGUACAAAUUUUUCCUCAUUGCUUAAAUUUUACCUGUGCCUCAAACAGUGGCCACAGACUUAGAAACAUUUCUAAUUUAUCCAUCUUAAACCCUAAAUGAACCAAAUUUUCAUUCAACGAUAUUUAUAAAUUCACAUGUAAUUCACAUACACUGAAAAUGUGAAUCUUGUAUUUAGACUAAAUUUGAAAACAAAAAACCACAAUAUUAAUUAGAUUUUCUAAGUGUGAUUUUUUUUAUUUAUUUGGAUAUGUUGUAAGGAUUACCUAGUUAGUGUCUUCUGUAACAUUCAACAUUGCUUAAAUUUUCACAGUGACUGCACACACAUUGAAAUAUGCUCUUUGCGAUGAUGCUGGUGGGGCUUUCGACCCACAAUUAGUCUUUUUUUUUCACACAAGUAUAAUUGAAUUAUAAGUACAAUUAAAAAUUAUUGCAUUUGCACAUUUUUUUUGUUUUAUUAGAUAGGAUCUGUCUUGGUUUGUUGUAUAUAAAGUCCACUCUUUGAUAUAAGUAUAUAUUCUUGACACUCCACAUAUUUAUACAUGUAAUUAUAUAGGUCUGUGAUAUUAACCAUCUUAGAACAGGUGCUUCUCUUCUGACUGCCUGCUUCACCAGAAAACUGAAAUCUUGUGUACUGGGCGAUACUUUUGCCCUGUUGUUUGUAAAAUAUGCCCUUUACUUUUUGUAUCUUUGGAAUUAUAGCAUUGUUAUUCAUGUAGUGAAAUUUUAAAUCACCUAAAGAAAACAAAAAUAAAUCUGUCACAAGGGGGGGGGGGGGCAUAAAUAACUUGAUAUUCUGUAAAAUUAGUAUGCUUUGUUUUCUAUACUUGGGAUAAUUGAUUUAGUGAAGACUUGCUACAAACUUUACAAGUUGAGUCCAGUGAAAAAAAUGUCUUUAUUAAAAAAUUUUAAUUUCAAAACAGUUGCCAUGUAGGCAUUUGGCAAAAGAGGUAUGGAUUUAACUUCAAUCAGAUUUUAUUGAGGCAUUUAUUGGUUGUCAGAGUAUGUACAGAUUGUGCGAUUUCUGGUUAUGCAUGUUUUUGUGAUAGUUGUUAGAGAUAUUUACGUAUUGUGGAGUUUUUACAUAUUUUUUCUUUCCUUGAAUACAAUAUCAUGUUUUCUAUUGCACACACUGUGGUAUGGUUUUGUGUAUUUAUUAUAUAUUUAUAUUUUCAAGAAAGACAUAAAUAUGAUAUUCAGGUAUUUUUUGUGUUGUUUUUUUUAAUUGUAUUUUGCAAUUUAUCUCUUUUAAAAAAAUGAAUUUAAUAUCUUUCGUUUAAUUUUGAUUUUUCAUCUAAUCAUGCACUCUAGUUUUAGCGUACAGAGAGUAAAAUAAGAAUGCCUGGAUGAAAAUCAGAAUGAAAAAAAUUAUUUACAGAAAUCAUACACAAUUUAAAUUUUCUGUCUCAGAUACAAUUAAUGGAAAGCUAAUUUUUAGACACUGGUUUCACCUGCAUGCAGGUAUCAGUAAAAUUAUGUAAUUGUCAAACUGGAAACAUGUUGUCAUGUAUUUUUCUAUAACCCAGAGAUCAAUAUGAAUUAAUUAAUAUAUUUUCAAAGAUUUUCAUAAUUAUAUGUGAUCAUCUUGUGCACAAUAUAUAAAUACAAUACCUGUAUAAUUCAUCUAGUGGUGAUGUUGCAUAUACAACAUUACCUCAAUAAGCAGUCUAUCUCUCUCUUCUUUUUUUUUUUUUUUUUUUUUUUUGCCCCGUUUGUUCACAUGCAAUCUAAAUACAGUAAUAAUUAGAAGAGGAAUCAUUUAGAUCAAAAAUUUUCAGUCUGGAUGAACAAAGUCCUGGAAAACCAUCAAAGCAGAAAUAAAUUAAAUAUACAUGAGUUGGUUAAGGUCAGGAUUUUUAUAGUAUGUACAAGCAACACAGGGGAUCACGUGAAACGGGUGGGAAUACCCUGGUUUACAAUGGAUGAAGUCUCUCAUACAUUUUCUUCCAAGAACAAUUGUACUUUACAUUAUAAUCCUUUGAAAUGAAUUUUGAUCAUCUAAUUUAAACAUGGGGGGGGGGGGGAUAAAAUUGUGUCCUGUAUCUGUUGAUGAUGGUGUGAUAUUGUAUAUUGAAAUGGUUUGGAGAUGAUUUUGAACCAUUAUUAGCAAUUUAUCUUGAAAUACUCCAUAUUACAGCAUACAAAAUUUCUGGUCCUGUAAAACUCUUUUGUUUCUUCCCUUUGUUUGCACUGUUUACUGUACAAUUUUUCAUUUUUUUUUAUGCCUAUAAUUUUUAUAAAACCUAUACAAAUAUUUUCACAAACUGUAAUUAUUUUUUUAAUUCAAUAUUCAAAUGUUCUUCCAUCUUAGUUCUAUUAAUGUACAAAUGUAUGUUUAUUUCUUAACCUUAUUUUAGUCAACUUUUACAGUUUUAUUUAUUUGUAGUAAGUGAAGGCACGCUAAAUAUUUACAUAGGUAUUAACCAUGAUGCACCUGUUCUGUUCAUCAGUAGAAGUUAAAUUAUUUUAUUUUUAUAUUUGAUUGUUAUAAACUGAAUAUUACCAUUUAUUUAUUCCAUUUACCUACAAUGAAUGGAAGAAGGAGUAGGUAUUUUUUAUGGAAAUGAGGUAAUUCAUAACUAUUCCUCCAGAUUGUUAUGUAAAUUUGGUGAUUUAUAACAGCACAGAAAAAACAGCAUGUACACUAAAUUAUUCUCUCUUUUUUCACUUUAAUUGUUUUUUCUUGUAAACACAGUUGAACAAAUUUACACAGUGUGAAUGCAUGAAUCUUAUAACACUGAACACAUGAAGAGAUUGUAUUUAUCAAGAAGUUGGUGAUAAAUUUCUGUUAGAUUUUCCUUAGAAAUCCCAAUAGCCCAGAGGAGCUUAUCUUGACAACAUGAUAAAAAGAAACUAUUAAUUGAUUGCCAAUUAAAAGUGAAAGAAAUAUGAAUUUAAUUAAGAAAACAAAUUGUAAGCUGAUAAGAAAAUGGCACAAGAAAUCAACAUGUCUGUGUGAAAUAUACAGUAAUUGCAGAAAACACAUGUGAUGGAUUUGGAAUUGGGUCUGCACUGCUGUGUGUUCAUGCUGGGUAGAUCUCUCUGGUGUGUUAAGUGGGAAUUUAUGAAUUUAAUUAUGAGUGUUGACAGGUGUUGUAGGACAUAUUGUAAAAUAUGGAAUUUUUCUGAUUCAUGUCCUUUAUAUGAAAAAAAAAAAAAGAAAACAUCAUCUGUGGCAAUGGGUUGUCAACCUGGUAUUUUGAUUUUUAGGAGUAUUGUAGAUUUUUCUGUGCAAUUAUAUUAAACUUUAUUUUUUCUUUUUAACACGUGUCCUUACAUUCAUGAUUAAGUGGUGGGAAUGCAUUUAUCAUUUUUGCCUGAUUAUUUUUAACUUUUGAUUCAUCUGUGCGUGCACAUUGUCACACCUGUUAAGGAGAAGUAUCAAUUUGGAAUUUUGUCCAUGUGUGUCUCUCUUGUUACAUCUUGUUUGAAUAUUCAUGUUUGGUAUUGUUAAUAAAACAUUUAUUAAAAGCAAUAUAGAUCACA